GUAAACAUCGUGUCAGAGCGAAAUUAGCUAACCCAAUAAUAGCCUCAUUGAUCCUGUCUGCCCCCCGCUAGUAUCUGAGUGGACUGCAUGGACACAGUCAGCAACAACUAGCUUGUCAAAACUACUUCGAAGUGAAAGAGGCAGCAAUGAGCCGACAAGGUUUUAGUGGGGCUUCUCCGUCUAUCAACUUCUCCACAAGGAUAACUGGAAAUGGAUGUUCACAUGCAGAGAUGAGAGAGGAUGACUUAGAAAAUCUACGUUAUGAGCUUUCGAAGACGGAGGAUGAGAUUCAAACCUUGAGACAGGUGCUUUUGGAUAAGGAAAAAUAUGCUGCCGACAUCAGGAGGCAGCUGGGAAUGAGUCCUCUCAGUAACAUCAAAGAGAAUCUAUCCAAAGGCUGGCAGGAAGUCCAGACCUCAGCCCCAUAUCUUUCAGCCUCUGCUGCUCUGGAGGACAUCAGCCACUCCAGUGUAUAUAUGAAGACACGGGACGGCCUUUCUCAAGCGGGCCAGGUGACAUCAGCUGCACUGUCCAGUGUGGGCAUGGUCGUCACCAGGAGACUGGCACAGAUGAGAACCCUGUCUCUUCCAAGCCCACAACGCACCUUGGGUCACACUAUAAGUGUGCCAACUAUGAGACAUUCCUCAACAUUCAAGUCUGUGGAAGAAGUAGUUGGCAAUGUAAAAGAUAAGGUGACUGGAAGUUUGUCAAAUAAUGGAGACACCUCUGGGUUCGAAAGAAGAUUCUCCCGCAGCUCAACAUGAGACAAACCCAUCUGCUGUAGCAGCCUAGUGUGACUUCUUUAACACAUCAUAUAAAACUGUGAACACUUUUAUUCCUGGUCUGUGACUUAGUCCAAUGUUAUUUUUGACUAUUCUGAAGAAUGAGAUGUAUUAGAUUUGUAAAGUGAAAUGAUUUCAACAGCAAAUAUUGCAAUAAAUAUUUUAUUAUUUCCCUGUGACCCUGCAUUGGAACAAGUGGGUAUAGAAAAUGGAUGGAUGGAUUUUA